AUGCGGGACGUCCAGUCCUUCGCGGGCUGGAUGGGCUGGAGGGCCAGGAGGACAGGGCGAAGCGGCGGCGCGGGCGAUGAGCUGGGCCAGCGCGGGCACGGCGGCCUGGAGGGUGCCGGGGAGGCGCCGCCCAAGGUGCGGGCUGGGCGGAGGAGGAGGACGCUGACGGUGCUGCCCCUUGUGGCGCUCAUCUUCUACGAAGUCUCCGGCGGGCCGUUCGGGAUCGAGGAAUCGGUCAACCUGGCGGGGGCCCUUCCUGCCAUCCUGGGGCUGCUCAUCCUUCCUUGUGUAUGGAGCAUCCCAGAGGCGCUGAUCACUGCUGAGCUGGCGACGAUGUUCCCCGAGGACAGCGGCUAUGUUGCGUGGGUGUCUGCUGCAUUUGGCCCUUUCUGGGGCUUCCAAGAGGGCUUCUUGUCGUGGGUCAGUGGUGUGGCAGACAACAGCAUCUACCCACUCAUCCUGGCGGGGAACUUGGAGGUGUUCAUGCCGAUCCUGACGCACGUUUGGGCAACGAGGGCCUUCUGCAUAGUUGUGUCAGUGAUGCUGACAUACCUCAACUGGCGAGGCCUCCAAGUGGUGGGGAGCACAACAGUGUUCCUUACGUGCUUCAUGUUGGCACCCUUUGUGGUGCUCACUAUCAUCGGCAUUCCCAAGAUUCAUGCAUCCAACUGGUUGGACUAUAAACCAGGCCACUUGGAAAAGAACUUCUGGGACUUCAUGAACGUUAUGUUCUGGAACCUGAACUAUUGGGACUCCGUAUCGACGCUGGCUGGAGAGGUCAAGGACCCUGGCACCUCUUUUCCUCGCGCCCUGUCCAUGGGGGUUGUCGCUGUUGUACUUGGCUACCUUGUUCCUGUGCUGGUGGGGGUCGGGGUGAUGGGCCAAGAGAACUGGCCAGAUGGAUUCUUUCCCAUACUUGGGCAAGAGGUGGCCGGUGACUGGCUGAAAGCCUGGAUCGUCCUGGCAGCAGCGGCAAGCCAGAUCGGUCUGUUUGAGGCUGAGAUGUCCAGCGACUCCUACCAGGUGCUGGGCAUGGCAGAACGCGGAAUGCUGCCAAAGCGACUCGGUGUGCGUUCGCGCCAUGGCACACCUACGAUUGGUAUCCUGCUGUCCUCCAGCGGCAUUGCAAUCUUGUGCUUCACUCUGCACUUUCAGAGUGUUGUGGACCUGCUGAACUAUGCCUACUGCCUUGCGGAGCUGCUGGAGUUUGCAGCUUUCAUCUACUUGAGGGUGAAGGCACCAGACAUGCCCCGUUCAUACAGGAUUCCUCUUUCCACCACUGGUGUCUGCAUCAUGCUCUUCCCUGCCACUGUGCUGCUGUUAUACCUCAUCGUCUACCCAUGGAUGCAGCUGAACUAUGUGGUCAUUGGCUUCUGUGUGGGAAUCCUCCUCUCGGGCUCCAUUCUUUGGGCCCUCCUGGAAUGCGCCAGGAAACGCGGCUGGUUCGAGUUUGCAAAAUUGGAAGCGCAGCACAAUUCCGACGCGGACAGUGUGGAUGAGGAGGAAGACGAGCAUGAAGGGCUGCUGCACAGCGGUACGGACCAGAGCGAAUACAAGGCCCUUGAUGGUGUUGACCCCUUGGUGCGCGCUCAGCUGUUUGGCGAGCUGGAGAACACCGAGAAUGUGCUGCUUGAGCCUUUCUUGUAG